AUGGCCUUUAAACUGACCUCCCUGGUCAAAGCAAACGUCGGAAGUGCAGAUGAAAUACGCCCUUCCGGACUGCCCCCUCAGUCUCGAUAUUCCUUGAGGAAUGAGAGCUCCAAUAAUUUAUCAAAGCUCGAUAGCCUAGUCGCACUUGCCAAUCAACACGCUGAUCAUCAUUUUUACGAAAAGGCGGAAGCUUUGUAUCUCCAUGCCUUGAGAGGCUACGAGAAGGUACUCGUACCAAAUAGCCUACCCAUACUUGAUACGAAAAACAAUCUCGGGACACUUUACGCUCAGCAAUCCCGAUCAAGCGAAGCAGACUUGAUGUACAGCUCUUCUUUCAGAGGCAAACUUGAGAUGAUCGGCACUGAGCAUCCAUCUACGUUGAUGACGAUGCAUAAUUUUGGAGGCUUCUAUGCCCAUGAGGGCAAAGUGGAAGAGGCUGAAGUGCUUUACCAUACGGCCCUGUCCGGGAAGCUUAAAGUCUUUGGUCCUAAACAUCUCUCCACAUUGAAUACUAUGAACGAUCUUGGUAUUCUAUAUCGCUACAAGGGUAAUUUUGUGCAAGGCGAGAAAUUUUAUUCAUUGGCUUUGAAAGGGGAAAUUGAGACCCUCGGGAAAGGCCACAUAUUCACACUCGAGACAAUAAAUAAUCUAGGUUCUCUCUAUCAAGCACAAGGAAGGUGGAAAAAGGGCCUGAAAAUGCAUAAACGGGCUUUAAGAGGCCGGGAAGCUACGUUAGGGCCGAGUAAUAUGUGCACCAUUGACACUGUCAGCAACCUGGCAGCCAUUUAUCACGCUAUGGCGAAGUCUGGAAAAGCCAGCAAGUUAUAUGAGCGAGCGUUUCGGGCUUAUAAAGAUAAAUUAGGUACAGGGCAUCCCAAGACUCAGCAGGCAGAGCUCCGCUGGAGGGUUUCUACCCACGAUGCGGGAAGGAACGCAGGGAGCAUCCUUUUUAGAUUCUACUCUGCCUUUUAG